CCGUAAAAGCCAUGAAUUCCAAUCGUACGACCGUCGAUUCGUCGAAUUCCUUGCGCAAUGUUCGGUUCUUUUCGCGACCCUCGGCGUAACAACCAAACCGGCGACAACCCGAUAUCAAUCAAACCAUCCGCGAAAAUUCAAGGGUGCGGACAAUUUUCCGUGUUACGCGUCGUGUUCGUUUGUCGUUUGUUGUGUUUUUCUUGUGUCGGGAAUCGGUAAUUUCGGGAUUGUAUUCCAGUGAUUUCCCUCGAACGUCGCGAUAGCCUGCCGCACCGAUUCGGAACGAUAUAAUAUACGUAGCCACGGAGAAGCGUUAUCGUAGUCUGAGUCUGAAGCGCGUUCAGAGGGAUAUUGUAUCGCUUGCCGACCACCCCCGGUAUCGACAAAACAUCGACUCGCUAUGAACUGCCGAAUGAAAAAAAGAAGCCGCCUCCUUUGAAACAAAGGUGAUAGGAUACGAGUGCUACCGCGUGCAGUAUCGUAGUUUCUCAGACCUGUUCCCGAUGCGACGUGGAACGAUCACGAUCACGCGGACGAGAUUGUUUCAAGUUUUUCGAAAUCGCGAGGAAUAAAUUGAAAAAUAUCGCGAACAAUUGCGACAUUAUGGGGUUUCUUUCGUCGCAUCUCCGCGGUGUCGUCGCACUCGGCGUAUUGUUGAAUUUGAUCGAUGCGGCGGUCGCGCUCGGCGAUGAUUCGUCAAUCUGCGAAAGAAAUCGAACAAUUUCAGAAGCGACCGGAGACGCGACGAUAAUCGCAUUCGCCGAUACGAAUUAUGGAUCCGACUGCAACAUUUCAUCCCCCAAGGGAUACCAGGAAGUGGCGGCGGCGCUCUACGUGGUCGAGAAAUUGAACGAGUACGAUUACGUACCUGGGAUCAAGUUGGGAUUGAAAAUUCGCGACACUUGCCACGAUAAAUUGGCGGUUUACAGAGGAGCUCUCGCGGCCGCCGUGGACCGGGACUGCACGUCUUCGUACGACUUGGGUGUUCUCGUUCCCGACGCUUACCGCGAGACACUCGAGCCGUUCGAGAAGUUUGGUCUGCUGCCGAUAACGACUUACGGCGAUCGGAAUUUCACGAAAUCACUCGUGAACCUGAUGGUCGAUUUCUUGACCACCAGAUUCGAGAUAAUCGACUCGUUUCUCACGGACUCCGAAGAUGCGUUGAAUAACUUCUUGGAUAUGAGCAGAGCGGCGGGAAUCUGUCUCGUGAGUCACACGGAAUUGACAGCCGAUCGGAUGAAUUCGACGCGUCUCGUUAUCGCCGUCGCUGGGAAUAAGGAGAACAUCAUCGGAUGGAUCGAAAAUGGCAAGAGAAUCAUCGGCCGGGACAAAGUAUGGGUGAUCCUACCGCUGGACGGAUCGAACGUUGACGAAUACGCCCCCACAGGUUCCUACGUGAUAAACACCGAGCCGAUCGCUACGGAUUUGUUUGGGGAAAUUCCCGGCGCGGAUGAAAAGCUUCUCCGAGCGACCGGGAACGUUGCGAUUCAUUCGCCGUAUCUGCUGAGCGUCGGAAAAGCGAUCGUAGAGUUGGCGAAUUCCCUCCGGGAUUUGCAAAGACGCACCUGUUCAGACGGCGAGAGAUGCGUUUUGCCGCAAUCGGACGCGAGAGUAAAAAUCCCGCUCACCUAUACGGAGGUGUACGAAGCGCUUCGCGUACCGGCGAAGGGACGUUCGACGAAAUACGUUGUGACCGUGAAGAGAAAUCGGAGAGCGGAGACGGUGAUCGGUUACAAGUUAAACGCCGUCACCUCCGAAGUGACCUCCGAAUUUCCCAUGACGAAAAUGCCGAAACUCUGCGUAGAAAAGUACCUCGACGAUUGCAAGAGGUGCGCGAACUUCGACCCGAGAUUCGAGGGCCUCCGGCGUCACGCGAGGACCUCGGACGACAGGGGGAUCCUGAAGAGCGGUAUAUCGACACCGAUCCUGCUGACCGUCAUAGGGUGCGGUACGGCGGCGUGCGUCAUAAUAAUAAUAUUCAUAGUGUAUCGCUACGUAGUCGAGGAAGUUUUGGACGGUAACCCGGCGUUGACGAUAGCCUUGAUAAUAUCGACGAUAUUCAUGCUGCAGUCGGUGGUACCGUUUUGCCUGAACGACGAGGUCGUCGGAGUCGAGCGUUUGAAUUCGAGGAAAAUCUUCGCGACGACGCUGUCGGUCGGUCUGGCCUUCUCCAUUAUGUUGUCCAGAGCGCUUUUCCUGGCGUUCUCGGUCGGCGGUAUUUUCACGACCCACAUAAACGGAUACCUCCAAAGCACGAUGGUCUUCUUCGCGUCGACGGUCCAGAUAGCGAUCUCCACGAUGUUCUACGCUUUGAACCGAGACGACAGUUCGAAGAUAAUCCGUAGUGGGAGGUUCGUGUCGUUGCUGAGCUACGACAUAUUCCUACUGAUAAAACUGUUCAUUGUUUGUUGCUUCAUCGCCCACAUACGGCGAAAUUAUCGGGAGGGGAAAUGUUUUUUCGGGACCGUUAUCGGCCUGCUGAUCGUAUGGGCGGUCUGGCUCACGGGGUUCACGCUCGUCGAACCCGAUUCGCGGGACAUCGUCGUCUCCAUUGGGAUAAUUUCCAGCGCUUAUCUCAUCGUGCUGGGAGUUCUGAUACCGAGGACUUACUACAUGGUGACCAGACUCGGACACACCGGGACCUUGUCCGCCGGAUACCAGCCGGAAGAUUACGGAGGAGGAGCCGAUCCGAGGAUCAACACGAUCGCGCGACAGUUUCCGUACUUGCAGUCUCAUCAGGCGUUGUACGAUUACACGUUCCGAAGAAGUUGCACCCCCGUGCCGACGCCCGCGGGGCCCGGGAUCGUCGGUCAUCCAACUUUGGCCUACCACCCGAAUUAUUACGGGUGUUCCAGUCCGAAUCCUCGAUUCGUCGGGCGAUCGAGCAGAAGUCCCGACAAUCGACCGAGGUCCAGUUACAACAACUACGCCUUCAAUUCGGAAAUGCGAGAAAUCGAAAGCUUGCGUCCGGUGCCCAGAGUUUGCGUCGAGAAUCCAGAUGGUCGACGAAGCCCCGUCGGACGGAGUUCGAACGAACUGACGGUGGAUCAUCAUCAGAGGCAUUUUCUCCGGGAGCCUCGAAUCGUCCUACAGGAGGAUCAGGAUUGCACGGAGACGGACAUUUACGUCGAGGGGAGAUUAUCGCCGAGUUUGAGGGGCCCCAACGAAGCCUACCCGUCGAGAUGUUCGAGUCCGAGACUCGGUCUGACGGAGUCCUCCAUCCGGGAGGAAGAGGAGUACGACGCCUCGAGAAUCACUAAAUUCUAGUCCUGACGAGAAAAAUACAGUGCGAUACCGCAUAUCUCAUGUUACUCUCAUAAAGGCCAUCUCACCGAUCAAACUUUGGUCGCCGUGCAAAAUAUAAUUGUAUAUCGACAUUG